AGAUCAUGGAUCUUUAGAAAUAAUGAUAGACUCGUCUCUUCAGUAAAGGAAGUUGUUAGUCUAUUCACAUGCCUAGUAUUGUUAUUAUUUCUUAUCCAGUUCAACCUGCAUCCUAAAUAACUGAACGUCAUUUCUCGGUAUCUGUCAUUUGUUGAUACGUGCGAAGCAAUCAUGUUUACCUCGCAAACUUCCAUGCAAACGUCCUCCUUCCAAGAUUCAAUUGACGUGGAAGAAAAGGAUACGGAUUAUGAUAACGAAGAGAUGGGAUAUAAUCAGAAAAUACAGUUGAACUGUUACUAUACCAUUUAUCUCUACCAAGGCACCAGAUCUGAGGCAGCUGCAGAGGGCAACGUGGCAUGGAGCCAGAGAAGAACAGAUUCCACAGCCAGUACCAGUCAGGAAGACUUUAGCCUCACCCUAGUGGACAGCAGCCUGCCGGUAGAGGCGGAGCCUGAGCUACGAUGCUACAUCUCCCGGAGGCUGAGCAAAGGAGCCCUGCUCGGGGGCAUGGGAAACAUUGCCGCCGUGGAGCUCAGUGUCCCAGAGGCAGCGGUGGGCUGUUACUGCUGUCUCCUGGAGCAGGAGAGAUCCCCAGAGCAGCCCGACGCGGACGGCAAUGGCUAUGUGAUCUGCUUGAUGGGAGGCUCUGAGAAAGGCCUCAACCUGUUUAGACUUGAACUGGACAAGUAUGUGCAAGGCCUGCAGAGCAGUCUACAGACUGCUGAGCUGGUGAACCUAGAGACUGAGAUCAGGCCCUACCUGAGCAUGUGGUACGAGGAGUCGGUGAUGCACAUCCACAGAGUGGUGCAGAUGGUCCAGGGGAGCAUCAGCUUGCUGCUACAUGCUGCUCUGAGUCACAUACACGUGGAGGUCACCAAUGCAGAUGACAGGACCAAGGCUGAUGUUGCUAGGUUCAUUAAGGCAGCCAGUCUGCAGGGCCUGGUCCAGGAGGACACUACCACAGCCUCUCUGUAUAAGGCCUCAGAGGCUCUUACUGACCUGGUCAUAGACUGCUCCACCAGCCCUCCUACACUCUCCAACACAGUCAGUAACCGUUUCUGUGACGGUUGGAUCCAGUCAUUCCUGAACGCAGCAGAGCGCUGUAACCCUUUCCUCCUCAGACAGAUCCUGGAGAACUUCAAACUCAAGGCCAUCCAGGACAUGAACAGUCUGAAGCGGUUCAUCCGCCAGGCUGAGUCGAGUCACUACGCUCUGUUCCGCUGCUGCCAGUUCCUGCAGGGCUGUGGGAAUGGGGACGUGCUGCUCCAGAACGCCCACGCCGAGCACCGGGACCUCCCUGAGGCCUGCAGCAUCAUCCGCGUGCUGGACGAGUUCCUCAGUGAACAGCAGGCCCAGGGAUGAGGAUAGGGAUGAGGGACACUGACACACCGCAGGUCGGCAAUAGUUAAACUCGAAUUGGCAGUGACACCUCGAGGGCGUCGAUAGUUCAACUCUAACCAACCCAGUCUCAACACCAUGGCCUGUAUUUAUAAAUGAUCCUAUAGAAGUCAGAACUCCUGUUCUGAGAUGUGAAUUUGUGAAAACAGGCCCAGUCCUGUGUGAAAUAGGGGUGCGCUUGAUUUGAGUUGGCCACUUUUGGGUCCAUUUCUUUUGUUAAAUUGUUGUACCAGACUAACUAAAUCAAGCACAGCACAAGGAUGUGGAAGUAUUUGACCCAGGUCUCCUCACACGGGAACUCUUCCAUGCUAGAUGUCAGCGUGUAUCCGUUUUGGGCACUUUUCCUUUAGCGUUGGUGUUUUACAGUGGUCCCUGUCUUCAAUGUUGCGUGUGAUUGAAUAGCAUUUACCCAGAAGAAACAGACCAAGUAUGUUGUAUCUGGAUCAGAAUUAACUCUAAAAACAAAAAUAUCCAAAGUCAUGUUAACACUAGUGUUUUCUUUGCUGGUAUUAAAACACGCAGUACUAUAAACGAAUGGAAACACAAUCAGUAUGUUUAACCCAGACUAUACAUCUCAACAUGUGAAUCAUUUGUUUUGCUUGUCUUACAUCAUGUCUAAAUGUUGUAUUUCUUUUAAACUAUUAGUGUUGUUUGCCUUUUGUCUGCAUGUCAGUAUGCUAUCUACAUACUACAGUACAAUCCUUUUCUGCAUAGUGGAACAAUGCACAAAUCACUUUAAUCAGCUUUUGUUACUUACUCAAUUUCUCCAGUAGAGAAAUUGCUACACACUAACAUUCCCACGUAGCUCAGUUGGUAGUGCACUGCACUUGCAACGCCAGGGUUGUGGGUUCGAUUCCUAAGGGAGACCAGUACGAAAAUGCAUGCACUCACUACUGUAAGUCGCUCUGGAUAAGAGCUUCUGCUAAGUGACUAAAUUUAUGCGCUGCUGUUUUUGUAUUUCUGUUGCUGACUGCAGUCUUAUCUAAAGAUACUCGUUAAUCCUUACAUUCCUUAGUAGGGAAUAUUAGUGUUGUAGAGGCCAACGUGUUGUAUAUCUACUUCACAGGAGGCUGCUGAUGGAAGGACGGCUCAUCAUAAUAAUAACCAGAACGGAGUGAAUGGAAUGGCAUCAAACGCAUAGAAACCAUGUAUUUGAUACCAUUCCACCCUUUCCUCUCCAUCCAUUACCAUGAGACCGUCCUCCCAAAUGAAGGUGCCACCAACCUCCUGUGAUCUACUGUCACUGUAUGUUAAGUUACAAAAAUGACCUUCACUACUCUUCACCAGCCCUAUUGUAAUGAUAGUGUGUUCAGGGCUAAAUAACCCACAUGAUUUAUUGUGCCUGUAUGACAGCAACUACGUAGGUUCUAUUUUCCUAUCAAUGUGUCGACGUCUCUAAAAAGUACAUUAUGGUGAAAAUGAAGCAAUAUUGUCUGUGAAGGUGUGUCCUUUAAACUGUGAACCAAGUGACAUGUUAGUUGGUGAGCUAUUGUAGUGGACAAUGGUGACUGAUCAUACAACCUUUUAACUGUGCAUUUAAAUCUCCUGUACAAGUUCAUGUCUAUUAAUGUGGUGUCUAUCAUGUUGAUCUGUGGUUUGACUUGUAUAAAUAGUCAUGUGAAUCCUCUGUGUGGACUGAAUCAUGAAUAUGCAAUCUGAUUUCUGACCAUAUGAAACAAUAGGGGUCCCAGUUUACCUAUGUAAUUAUGGCCCUGCCUACACCUAACGAUUAAAAAAAUACAAAUCAUAUGAGCAAAAAAUA